UUGUUCCUUCGUACCUGUCACUACCGGCCUUUUCAUCAAGACAAUAGUUCUCAAGAGACCCCUUUGUUUAUUGGAGUUGUAGCUGUUGUAAGUAGCCUUGUACUUAGGAGGAUGCCAACAAGCUCCUUGUCAAGGUGGUGGCCGUCGACCGGACCAUACCUGGACCUAUCCACCACCUCCCCAGGACCUUGUCAGUCGCAGCGGUGGCCGUCACCCUUGACGUUCCUUUCUAGUAUACCCCGCUCUCCGUUUCGAGCCUCGCUGAUACCACCACGGUUCUUGCCAAUUUUGUCUCUGACUCUCGGCAGUCACUCUCGAAUGUCACCCAGCACGUCAAACGAUACUACCGACGCUCAACAAGAGAACAUGUCGCUUAAUACUCUCCCCUACGAUCUUCUACUCAAUGUCGCGCAGCAUUUGGAUCUCCGGGACAUCCACGCCCUGCAGCUGAGUUGUCGGUCUCUGCACGACUUCGCGAGCACCAGGCCAGUCUUUCGAAACCUCGCCGUUGCACUCCUGCGUCGGUGUCGUGCCCUGCCGCUCGCGGGUUUCCAGCGCUUUUCCGAUCUUACGACGGAGCAGCUCGUCGGGGUCGUCUCGAAAGCCACGCGUCUUGAAACAGCGUGGUUGACUCGUCCACCGAGGCCAGCUCGAAAUCGGCCGUUCAUCCACGACGCCAACGGAACAGGGCGUGGGGACGACACGAUGCCGCCGAGUAACUGGUAUAAGGUCAUCAGCGCGCCACCAAACGAAGAGGUGGACUGGCUCUCCCCGAUCACAUCGAGCUACAGCCUGUGUGCGACGAAAAGCGGGAAGGUUGUCUGCUGGGACGUACACCGGGACAAGUGCCUGGCGGAAUGGGAUCCCAGGGAACGGUGGGAGCUGUGGAAGUGCCGGGUCGAGUUCGAGAUUCGCACCGUCUUCUUCACCAUGGCGAAGGUUCUCCACCGAUCCUACGAAGACCGGCUCAUGGAGUUUGUGCUGAUGAAGCUGCAAUUUCCGGAGGCCGAUGCGAGCGCCGAUACGACCCCAACGCCCACCUUCACGACGCUAGCCCGAUUCAAGACGAUCGGUGUUGUCAUGAACGUUUUCCUCCUUGAUCCGUCAUCUAGAUUGCUAUCUGCUUUUGUUUGGGUCUCGGCGUCGAACACCAUCGGACUGUACGCUCUGCUGGAUUGGGAUAAACAAGAAUAUGUAUUCAUAGACACAGGCAUCGAAUGCUCGAUGUCCUCUAACUGGUCGUGUAUCCUGUACAAAGAGCAGAUCGUGAUACAUUCGGAAGAAAGUGACUACGCCCACCAAUACUUCUACCCCAUGUCACUACUACGCCAACACAACAAGCCAUCGUCGCCAGAGGCGUCCUUCGUACCCGCACUGUCGGCGCGCGUGAGUCCAGCCUUGACGAUGACGGCGCCGUUCAUCUUCCCGCCGCGGACGUUGAUCACGUCGUCUUCGUCUUCGUCCUCCUCUGACGAAGAAGCCAAUGAACAGGCCCCUCGGCCUGCAGAACUGAUAGAGACGGAACCUCGCACGCCCACGCAAAACCCCAACCCAUUCCCCUUCCCUCCAUGGUACCCCGAGAGCGCGCAUUUUGUGCGACAAUGGUGGCCGACGAUGUCCACCGUCCCUCGACUGAGCUGCACCGUGGUUCUGCUAGCUGACCACGACAUGGAGUCGCACCGGACACGGUACGUCCUCGCGCAGCACUACUUCAAGGUGCCGCUCUUCGACGUGAGCGGCGACCCCAAGGGCGAGGCGGCCACAGCCACCGACGAUGCCGAGUCCGGGUCGACCUCAGGCUCAGGGUCCGGCUCAGGAUCCACUUCUAGCUCCUCCGGUCACUCCACAGCAGACUCGACGACCAUCAGCGUUGCGAGCCGCGCAGACGAGGGCGCAGACUCGAUGAUGAAGAUCUGGUACGUCAGCCAGCCGUUCGAGGUCGUGUGUGUGCUCGACGGGGUCGAUGAUGACGCGGAGGACGGCGGCGCGCAGACAGAGCGGCCGCGGCCGCUGAUGGCCGUCGACUUUGGGCACGCGGUGUGGGUCGAGUACGUGGACAUGGACGUCAAGGAGGGCGACGAGAGCGACCCGAAGCGCCUCCGCUUCGUGUCGUUCCCACCCGUCGCGGGAGAGCGCGAUGGGCUGUACGACGCAGAGGGUGCGCGCUGGGAGAAACAGCCCGAGAGGGACGUGGAGGGCGUCGUGAGAACUCUAGACAUCCCGGACGAUCUGGAGUUGGAUUCGGUGGAGACGAUCAACAUUGAUCAGUCCCAGGGUGCGGUGAUCAUCUCGGUGAGGGAGGGCAAGAUAUUCAUUCUCUGCUACGAAUAGGGCGGGGUAUGUAGUGUGUAGUCGAUAUACCGCAGCGUAAAAGGUUUUGUAACUUGGACUAAUGCGUACCAUCUAUAGUAUUUGCUAGCACUUUCAUGUGUCGUACAUCGUCUCUGGACUUCAAUGUGAUGGCAAGGCAUCUCAUAGACAUCUGUGGAUUGCCCA